AUGCGAGGAUAUGUCAAGGGCGCCUUGAAUCUGUCAGCCUCUCGAGGGAAGCAGUCACUGACACCUUGUGCACCCAGGGGCCAAGCACGCAUAUCUCACCGAGAUCGCGGUGUGUCCAGCUACGUCUAUGAGCCGCGCGACGACACGACCGUGUACGUCAUCGACUCCGGGAUCCGGCUAACGCAUUCCGAGUUCGUCAACGGGGACUCGGACGGGCCGUCUCGCGCCGUGUGGGGCCAAAACUUCAUCGAAGACAACGACUCGGAAGACGACGAGGCAGGCCAUGGCACCCACGUGGCGGGCACAAUCGGGGGCCUGCACUAUGGAGUUGCGGUCAAGACGCGGCUGGUGGCGCUCAAGGUCUUUGACGGGAACUCGGAGGGGACGUGGUCGGGCGUGAUCCAGGCGGUAGAGUGGGCGUGCAACGACACGGCGGCGCGCGACGCGUUCGGGCUGUCGGUGAUCAACAUGUCUCUGGGCGGGGGCGUCAUGCAGUCGGUCAACGACGCCGUAGCUAACGCAGCGCAGCACUACAACGUGACGGUGGUGGUGGCGGCGGGCAACGAAGACCAGGAUGUAGCAAACGUCUCGCCAGCCGGCAGCAACUACGCCAUCGCUGUGGCCGCCAUCGACGACAGCGACACGCGGCCGUACUGGAGCAAUUUCGGCGCGGGGGUCGCGGUGUUUGCGCCCGGCGACAGCAUCACGUCGGCCUGGAACGCCGCCGACGACGCCACUGCCGUGCUCAGUGGCACCAGCAUGGCCUCGCCCCACGUCGCUGGCCUGGCUGCCUACUUCAUGGGCCUGUACGGUCCAUUGGCACCAGAUCAGGUUCGCAAACUGGUCGUUGACAAAGCAACGGCUAGUCUCGUCACCGACCCGGGCCCAAACAGUCCUAACUUGAUCGCAUUCAAUGGGAACCCUGCCGAGUCGAGUCAGUCUUGA